AUGGCCCAUGGUCCGUGUAUAGACCCGAUGCAACUCCUCGAUGAGCUUGGUAUGAUUUACACGACCUGUCUGAUGAUGUAUGCGAGUUUCGCUUUCUCAAGGUCCAGGAUUUUCGCCUUUUCCCUGGGCGUCGGCUUGACAGCAUUGGCGGCAUUCAUCACGGUCAGCUCAGCUAUUUUGUUCGCCCGGAACGCUGCCUAUGCCGCUCUAACUGCCACUGUCCUGUUCCGCAGCAUUUGGGUGAUGGAAGUACAGCUGCGGCCGGCUUUGGAGGCAGAGGACGCGGAGAGAGCCCGAUACAUACUGAAAACUAUGUGGGCAUUGGUUGCAACUGGUGAGAUUAAGCGGAAGGGGAAGGGGGAGAGUUGCUCUUGCAUGCUUGGAUUGACUCCCAACGCAGGUCUUACUAUUUUUCUUGCCGGCUUUGCCAUUUGGAACCUCGACAAUAUAUUCUGUACCACACUGCGUGGGUGGCGACGAGAAAUAGGACUGCCGUGGGCCAUUCUACUAGAGGGCCAUGGCUGGUGGCACUUGAUGACUGGUUUAGGUACGGGGUCAGACUUGCCAAUUCUCCGCCCAGAUGCUGACACUUUCUGCCUAGGAGGUAAUCUGGCAUAUUACUAUCUCGUCUGGGGAAUUUGGCUGCGCCGCUGCCUCGAAGGCCAGGGCCAGGAGUAUGAUCUAUACUGGCCAAGGGUCCUCUUAUCUAUCCCUGAGAUACGAAAGGAGCAAAGGAAGGCAAAAGACCACUGA